UGUGAGAGAGAGAGAGGGUGUGAGGGUGAGAGAACGAGAGAGGGAGUAUUGUGCGUGUGCGUGUGCAUGUGCGUGCGUGCGUGUGUGUGUGUGUGUGUGUGUGUGUGUGUGUGUGUGUGUUGGCAUUGUGCACAGGACGUGUUUGUUUGGCUCUGGCCUUCGAGCAGGGGGUCAGGCAGCAGUUACAGAGCCAGAAACUGUUCACACUACAGUGGGCUUGUGCCAUUGAGAAAGAGAGGGAGAGAGAGAGAGAGAGAGAGAGAGAGAUUCCACUGCGAGGUGGUUACAGUGCAUUCAGGCCUUUAGUAGUGGUUGCAGCUGUGGAGGAGGACAAAGGCUCUUGACUCAGGGUUAUCUGGAGAGCCAGGGAGAGUUCGCCGAGAUAACAACAGCAGCCGAAAGAUAAUCGGACUAACAGCACUUUAGUCUAGCCGCAAGCGUUUGAAUAUCGAGUUUGGUGUCAUUUUUGGAAAAGGAUAAAUGCCUAAGGUAACGGCUGAAAAACAGGAGAAAGAUGGUCAAUGGUCUGUGAGAGACAUACACACGCCAGGCGUCCUCGUCGUCGUGGGCCCCCUCACAACAACAGCCGUCUGCUGCCAUGACAACAAGCCGCUGCAGCCAGCUACCUGAGGUGCUGCCCGAACGCUCGGCCCGGUCAUCGCCCCUCACCGCCCUCGACCACGAGCGUGACCGCGACAGCCGUGAAGACGGGCGUUACCCUGAGCCAAUGAGCUGUCUGGACUACACCAACCUGGACCCCGCCCUGCCGGGGAAGGCUAUGGAUGAGGAGGACGAAGAGUGCUGUCUGGGGGGCAGUGGCUGUGGAGGUGGAGGUGGAGGAGGAGGAGGAGGAGGAGGAGGAGGAGGAGGGGAGAAGGCACAGUACUACAUGCAGGUGGCCACCAAAGACGGACAGCUGCUCUCCAAUGUGGUGGGGGCGCUGGCCAAACAGAGUGCACUAGCGGAGAGGCCGAUGUGCCGUAUCUGCCACGAGGGGGGUGCCCAGGAGGAGCUGCUGUCCCCGUGUGAGUGUGCGGGCACCCUGGCCACCAUCCACCGCAGCUGCCUGGAGCACUGGCUCUCCGCCUCCAGCACCAGCUUCUGUGAACUCUGCCACUAUCAGUUCAACGUGCAGCGCAAGGCCCGACCACUGUUGGAGUGGGUGCGUAACCCAGGGCUGCGUCAGGAGAAGAGGACGUUGUUUGGUGACAUGGUGUGUUUCCUGCUCAUCACCCCUCUGGCCACCAUCUCCGGCUGGCUGUGUCUGCGCGGGGCCGUGGACCACCUGCACUUCUCCAGCCGCCUGGAGGCCGUGGGGCUCAUCGCCCUCACCGUCGCCCUCUUCACCAUAUACCUCUUCUGGACACUGGUGUCUCUCAGGUAUCACUGUCGGCUGUACAACGAGUGGCGGCAGACCAAUCAGAGAGUGGUUCUCCUGAUGCCUAAAUCCCACAGCGAAUCAUUAGCCAACCCCUCGCUGCAUGGCCCGCCCAGAGUCAAGCGGCCGUCCAAAGAGACGAUUGUCUGACACAGUGCCACGGGCCAGUGAACUCUCCCUUCGACUUCGAGGCCAAGCAGAUGAAGAACAUGGACAUGAGAAACAUGGGAGAGAGCCGCAGAUGAUUUAUCUGAUGAUGGAUCUGUUCAACCUUCCUUCAAGAACAUUGUCCUUUUCAGCAGCCUCUACAAAGAUGGCUUCCAGGUCACCACAGUUGCAAAAGAUGAUGAGGAGGAUGAACUAUGUAGUCAAUCUACCUUCAAGAACAUUGUCCUUUUCAGCAGCCUCUACAAAGAUGGCUUCCAGGUCAGGUCACCACCAGGACAUCAGUGUGGCUUUUGGGGACUUUAUGGACCAGUUGGACACCAAUUGACCUGUUGGACCUCUUCAGAAGGAGACUAAAGAGCUCACAAGGCCAGAGUUGUCCACUGUGACCUUAAAAAUGAGACUAUAAAUAAGACAAUAUCAAUAAUGUCAGUUUGGAAUGCUUAUUAUGAGCACGAGGGACCAUGUCAGAGACGUGCAAAAGUGCACUCUGCAGUCUUGAUUUAUUGGGGCAAGGUUAACAACUGAGGAUGCUUGAUCUUUUGCUUGGCGAGACGGAUCACAUGAACACAGCUACAGCCAGUCGUCUACAAGCUCCGAUGUCAAACCACAUGGUUGUUCAUUGUAAGCCACGUUAGCGUAGGUAUGCCUGUAUGCGCUCCAGCUUUAUGACUUUAGAAAUCAAAGAUGAGAGAUAUGCCAAGAUAAUUUGUAGUUGUCCAUGUCUACACCUUGUGGUCUCUUGGUCGGAGUUAUCUUAUGGUUUCAUUAAUUGGCUUCUUAUCAGGAAACUUGGCAUGUCCAUGCCAUGGCAUGUAUUUGUAAGGUCCUGAGGUAGAAGAUGACUGCUCUCACCCUUCUGUCUUUGUUACAUUGCAUUACCUUGCAUUACAUUGCAUUGAUUUACAUGACAUGUAUCCAGCAUUCUUUUACACAGUGCCAAUGUGUAAUAAAUAAAUGUACAGGGCAAAGUCCCAAAGGAACAAUGUUGGGUUAAAUGCCUUGCUCAGUAGGGGAACCUAGUAUGGAUGGAAAUAUAUAGGUUUGUUUGCACCCCAUACCCACAUUUGUGUAUACCGUCAGUUGCAAAUGGAGGAGCAGCAGUAGUCUGGCCUUGCCAUCCGUAAGCUUCACCUUAAUUGUCAUUUCCCUGUACGUUACAUGUCGGUCUGGUCCUCAGGGGUGAGGUAACACAAAUUGGUUUCCAACACAGCCAUUCUGGGAACGGGGGAGGGGCAAGGGAGGUAGGUAAGCAAUGAUAUAUUAUGGGCACAACCAAAUGUUAGCGAUUGGAUGAAACCCACAUGCAAACACUUCAAACUUUGAGUUAACCCCUUCCAACUGUAAUCGGUUGGUCCAGAGACCCUUCACGUGUAAUCUGUACGAGAGGCUAUGGUAGGACCAGGCUAGAGGUGCACACUUCUUCAAAAAAUCAACUCAGCAAUCAGUAGCCUUUCUCACAGUAGUGCCAAACAAAGUUCCAGUUUGAAGUGAAGUAGAUAUUAACGACUACCAGUUGCAGGCAGAAAACAGCGUUGUCUUUGUAUGUUUAUGCCACCAGAUGCAACUUAUACCUGCUCUGAAUGCAUUGAAUGGAAUGGGUGUCUGAUGUCAUGUGGAAAAAGGCCACAGUCUCAUUGGCCUGCAGGACACAAUGUCACAUUAGGCCACAGUGUCACUGGCCUGUCAAGUGAUCAGUACAAGCUGCCCAACCACAUUAUCCAAGCUCAGUCAUAAACACUGUCACAGUGAAGUUCUCUAGUAUGAGAAGGACGGCAUAAACUGAUACCAGGAUUCAGGCUGAUUAUUGUACUGCUACACCGUGAAACAUUUUUUAAAAAAAUACCUCACAUUUGGCAACCUUACUCUGAACAUAAAUCAAGGUUUUAGUCAGUUGUUGAUUUGUGAGUCAUUUUUAGCUUGUUUGCCCAAGGGGAACACUGCCUGGUGGCUGUUCUUUAAGGAUUAUAUUUGGAUCAUUAGUGAUAGCUUCCAACUACAAAUUUAACUUCAGAUUUGAAUUAUAUAUUUUGCAAAUAUAUAGUAGCCUCUUACUGCAAAUAGGCCCAUCGACGGGCUUAUUCACUCUUUGCUGAAAACACUUAACAACAUCACAACAACAAUGCUAUUAUAUUACAGAGAGACUUUGGUAACAUAUUAAGUCUUGGUCGUUACAAUUUUGUUGAGAAUAAGGUUAUAACAGAGGCUCUGUGGCAAGGGGUUAAGCAACUUCAGCACAUUGAAAUUAUGCUACUUUGCAAAGGUAUUUAUUUACAGUAUAUCAAUGCUUCCCCACUGAAGACUUAAUUUUUGGUGCAGCGCCUACCAGGUUAUGAUGAUGCCUACACUCGCAGGGAAAGAAAACGAAAAAACCUUUGUUUCCGAGUGAACACAACACUGAAGUAUUUAGUAUUGCACAUAAGUAUUAUUUUUAUAUUCACCGCCACAAGUCCUUUAGAUGUCAAACUGUGAAGUAAAAGAAGAGGAAACCAAGAGCGUGUUUUGUUUGGGUUGCUGCAGUCUCUGUUGUGUCUCUGAACUGAAGCACUGAUGCUUUUGAAAAAUUGUAAGCCCUUCUGGGAAGUCAUGUAGAGGAGGGGAGAAUGCACUGGAAAUUGCCCACCGCUUGCUGUGUCAAGCACUUGGACUGAUUUAUUAGGGAAACAUUUUUGCAUUAUUUGUUAUUAUUAAAUUUAUUGGUGUUUUUUUUUUUUUUUUUUUUAACUAUGAAGGAUAUUGGUUUUCAAAUACUCACUCAAUACAGUGUGGGAUUUAUUUUGUGGACCAUGAUUGAUUUUUUUUAACAUUGGAUGUAGAAUACAUUUUCAUUCAAGGGCCUUUUCUGUUGAUAUGUGUGUGUAUUGUUCUUGGCUACAGUUUGUGUACUAUUCCUCUUGGUGUUCUCCUUUGUUGCCUCUGCCAACUGCCGUGUCAUGGGGAGUCUCUGUGUGUUUGUUGUGUUUUUACCUUUGUUUUGUUACGUUCUUUAUAUGAUUUCAUACUUGGUUUUCUAGUGGUAACCAGGACGACAGCUGUGAUAACGACAUACCUGAUGUCUGUUGCUUACCAUGUACGUGUACAGUAUGCCAACACAAAAUGCUUUUUUGGGGGCCAAUUUAGUAUUUGAGAAUAUUUGAGAAUACUCUGGUCUGAGUUUGGAUUUGUUGUUAUUUUUCAGGCUGUCAUACCAAGAUUGUUGUCAAGCUCCACAACAUUUCAGUAAAGUCCAAUUUGUCCCAAAGUCUUAUAACAGAAGUUGCCUGACUUUGUGAUUGUGAAACCCUUAUUUCUGUAGCCUCAUAGUAUUGGAUUUUAUUUGUCAUCAGUCUGGUUUAUCUCAUCUGCCUUCCCUUUUAUUUUUUGACUGCGUAAUGCUGUAUUUAUACAGUGUUCCCCAUUUCUGAAAAUACCAAGAUGAGUAAGACUAAUUUCCUUUGAAGUAAAUCCUUAAAAAACAAAUGAUCUAAUGC